GAGGAGCUGUGGUUCCAGCCUCCUGAGACACACACACACACACACACACACACACACGCUCCACUAACACCAGCCCGGGCUGGAUCCCUCCUCUGGUCAGGGUUGUUUUCUCUCUCAGCACAACUUCCGAGAGACAGAAAGAGGGAAGAGCAUGAGGUAGCAGGCAGCAGCAGAAGAGAAAGAAGAAGAAGACGUUUAGAAUAUAGUCUUCCCUCCACCCCACCCUCCCCUGGACACUCUCUUCUCCCAGGCUGGGAAGCAGAAAGGCCCCCCACCAGAACUUUCACCUCCGGAGAGGGUGACCUCAAAACGCCAGGAGGGAUCUCUGAGCGACAGGAGAGUGUGGUGCCAUGGGGGCCAGAGGAGACUGUCCUCCACGUGGCCGCUGACAAAUGCCCCCUCACUUGGGGAAGGUGUGCACACAGUACUUGAUUAAGGCUUCUGAAUAAAUGAAUGAGGGGUCCAAGGAAGACGCACUCCUGCCCUGUCUCGGCAGGGCCUGGGGGGGCCAUGUCCCUCAUCCCAUGGCUUCGGUGGAAUGAAGGUCCCCCGCGGCCGUCAUCCCGGAGGCCGGCUGAGAUGGUGCUGGACACGCUCAUGAUGGAGCUGGCGGGGCAGAUGCGAGAGGCGGAGAGGCAGCAAUGGGAGCGCAGCAAUGCGGUCAGGAAGAUCUGCACCGGGGUGGACUACAGCUGGCUGGCCAGCACACCCCGGCCCACCUACGACCUCAGCCCUGGCGAGCGGCUGCAGCUGGAGGACGUCUGUGCCAAGAUCCAUCCGUCCUACUGUGGGCCCGCCAUCCUCAGGUUCCGGCAGCUGCUGGCCGAGCAGGAGCCCGAGGUGCGGGAGGUGUCCCAGCUCUUCCGCUCGGUGCUGCAGGAGGUCCUGGACAGAAUGAAGCAGGAGGAGGAGGCCCGCAAGCUGACGCGCCAGUGGAGCCUGCGACCCCGCGGCAACCUGGCGCUGGCCACCUUCAAGACCCGCGCGCGCAUCUCUCCCUUCACCAGCGACAUCCGGACCAUCUCGGAGGACGUGGAGCGGGACACGCCGCCGCCGCUCCGGACCUGGAGCCUGCCCGAGUUCCGGGCGCCCAAAGAGGACUGACCCGUGCCCUACCCUGCCCGGGAGCCGAGAACACCUGCGGGAGGGCAUGAUAGGCCGGUGACCGGGUCCGAGUCCUGGAACCUCCCCACCUGCCCUCGACAAGGGGCCCAAGAGGUGGCCCCGUCCCAAGACAGCCCUGUAAGAUGCAGCAACCCUCUGGCCCACACUCUGCCACCAGCCAUACGGCUCAGGGUCAGGGCUUGGAGCCGCAGCGGGCCCCCCCUUCCUCCCUUGCGAAAGUCGAAAGUCCGCUGCAGCGUCCCCUUCCCUGCCUCGCAGAGAUUCAGGGUUUUGGCAGACAGACCCCGGCCCCAUCUGUCCGGAAGGGGAAGAGUUGCCCUUUUUGCCAAGACCUGGGUUCUC